AAUAGUUUCAUCAUUCACCACAAGACUGAAAAAGAUCAAACGUGGGCUUCCACACAUCGUGACAGCGAGCUUUCAAACUGACAAUCAUCACACCGAAGCUGAGAGCCGAGAGCUCCUUCACGUGCAUGGAGACGUCGAUUCUUCCGGAUGGGCACUUGAAUGUACAUAGUUUAAGGGAAGAGUGGGUUCCAUUUUCUGAGCGCAACUGAUGAACUCGUAGCUGAAAAUAAACAUGGUGGGAUCGAGGUCUACAGAUCGGUCAUGGGCCUCGUCCCUGAAGGAGGAACUUGAGAGAGUUGCCAGAGCUCGAAAGGAGGCACACAGUCGAGGCCAGGGCCCCAAGAUCUUCAAGGUUCCACCAUACAUCAGGACGCUGAAGCCAUACCACUACAACUGUCAGCUGCUGUGUUUGGGUCUUUACAACAGGGACUUUGUUGGAUUGGAUCGGGUCGACGAGCUACGGCUCGAGGUGGUGUCCGGGUUCCUGGAGCAGGCCUACGUGCAGGGUCCAGAUCGGUGGGACACGCUGUGCAAUGAGAUAGCAGGACCGGUCGAGGAAUCUCCAGCACUUCGUCAUCUGUACGAUGAUGAUCCCAAAAUCUCGCCUCUCUCACACGAGCAACUACGACAUGUGCUCACACUCGAUGCAGUCUUUUUGGUGGCACUCAUGUCCUACUGGUACUUCAACUACACAUUCGUAGGAAAAGGAUCGCUCACUCGGUCCAGAAAUGCCAACAGCUUUUGGUCCAUCUUCGAUCAAGUCCAUGUCAACUCCCACAUAGCUUUACUGUUCUGUGACAUAUGGUUGUUCGAGAACCAAAUUCCUCUUUUCCUCAUACAGAAAGUGUGGAAUCUAGUAUACGGCCAAGAUGUGAACAUGAAUUUCGAUAACUUUCUGCAUCCAAUCGUCCACUCGGCGGUUGCAACCUUCAAUCUCGGCUACUCGAAGGACCAUGGUAUAGAGCAGGUGGUCACGUAUGAACAAUGUGACCACCUGCUAGGAUGUCUUUACAAUUUCGUCUGUUCCAAGCAACCCCGCGAUCCAAAUCCUCCGACUAUGAGUAUCGAGGACAACUAUCAGCAAUCCUCUUCCAAUCCGGGCUCCGAUGUCUCGGCGAGUGCUCAAAUUUCCGGGCGAGGAAGUGUUGAAAGCAGCAGUAAGAACUCGAACCAUCUUUCAGUGGUUUCAUGGCUCCGGCGGGUAUUCUACUCUCUGAAGGCAAUGUUGACAUGGAUUAUGAGAGUAAUGGCGUUCCGUAGAUCGAAGGGAGUCCUUCCUCGAACCCAAAGCUCGGACGUGAGUAAUCUUUUGAGUGUGUCGGAGCUGGAGAAAGCUGGGAUCAGUGUGAAAGGAGUUCACACCCCAAUCAGUGGAAUGAGGUUCGUCAAGUCGUCGUUCUAUUUCAGAGCUACUCUCUUGCUUCCUAGAAUUGACAUCGACGACAACACGGAGAGGAUGCUGAGGAACAUGUGUGCCUACGAGUUGGCCACGGAGACAGAUCACAGAUUCAUGUGUUACCUCGCAGUCAUGGACGCCUUGAUAGACUCGCCAGACGAUGUGCGACUGCUGAGGAAGGGGGCAGAGCCGGUCAUUGCUCUCAAUUAUCUCGGGGACGAUCGAGACGUCGCCCUCUUAUUCAACAAUGUCCUGCAGAAACUCAGUGUCAGAUUUUCCGACGAGGUCAAGAGCCUGUUCACGGAAGUACACGACUGGUACAGCUCCCCGAUCCGACAUCAGGUCACUCGAUUUGUCAGCAGAUUUCAAGAGAGGCCCUGGCUCUUCAUAUCUUUAGUUGCUGCAAACAUUCUCUUCAUUUUGACGGGACUGCAAACUGUCUACACGAUGCUCAGUUAUUACCACCCCUAGGCCAGGACAUGUCCAAGGUCUGGUACUCGUGUCAUGAAAAGUCAUUGAGCUUUUUUUCAGGUUCAUUGUGCUGAAUCAUUCUGUCCACAUGCGCAACAAAUGUAAUCAUCUCAAGUCUUGAAUAUACAUUCCUCGGUCCACGGCUAUCUCCAGAGCCCUGC